AUGUCGAACUAUUGUGGUCAUCCCGCGCUCGGCAAGGAAGACGAGGAAGCCUUCGCCCAUGCUGCACAUCAACUAGGCAAACUCAUGGACGACCCCUCCACCUGGAGGGACAGCAGAAGGGUUGAGCUGAUUGACGCCGCAUGGAUGUUCAUCGCGCAGUGGGCCCCUCCUCGUGGGACCCCUCCUAGUGCGGCCGGUGCUGUUACGCCGCAACCCGCCAGUACAGCGCCAUCGCCAGCAAAGAAGAAAACGGGCCGCCCUCCCAAGCCCGAGAACACUGGAGUACAUGCUGCAGUGUGCGCGAAUGCUGGUGCCCCCACCGACGGCCAAGGAAACCCCCACCUCUGUCGCGGCUCGGGUCGCGAAUAUGGGGUUUCCGAUCAACGAAAAGACGUUCGGCAACAAGUGGCCAGAGGCGUGGAAGCUCUGGGUGAAGCUCCCGACAAUGAAAUCGAUGGAGCUAACGCCUGUCUUCGACUGGGUGCCUAUGCGCUCACGCUUGACGAUCUCGUGGACGCGGUCACCCGCAAACGUCACGAAAUGCUAGCCAAGGGGUUCACAAACUUCAUCGUUCAACUCCUGAUCGACAGGAGGUGGCCCUUCAGCUGCAUCAAAGCGCUGGAGUCCCUGGUCAGGCUAUUCGAGGCGGGGGUGGAGAUCAAACACCUCAAAUCCACGGCUGUGCACAUGGAAGCGUUGAUUGUGGACGACGUAUACUGCUUUAGUGGCAGCGGUAACUUCUCCAAAAAUGCUACGACUCGCAACGCCGAGUUGAACACUACUGUUACAGGCAGUCACGCCGCCGACGUGGAAAAGUUCAAGGCCAAGAUCCAACAACUUCGGGAAAAGGAGAGCCAACCUCGCGAAAAGAGGAAGCGCCCGGGGAUCCUUUGGGUUUGA